AUAGAUUAUCUUUCAUCCCAAGAAAGGAAAGUAAUCAAAAAUAUUUAUUAUAAAAAAAUUUCGUUUUUUUUUAAAUAACUAAAAUAUAAAACUGAAUUGAUAAAAAUGAUUAGUAAGAUAGUUUUAACAGAAAAGGGACUCAAACUUUCGAGCGAGCUUUUAACUGUUAACCCUGAUGAUCCUCCUCCUUUUUUAGAGGAAGGAAAACCAAUUUAAAAAUAAAUAAGUACACCAAAAAUAGCUAAUCUUUUCGAAAAAAGUAAUGGAUUUCUAGAUAGAUUAACUCUUAAAUCAGCAUAAUCGAAUCGAUAGAUUAGCGGAAAUAAACCAUUCUUUUUACCUAAUUAUGAUUAUUAAGAAGUUUUUAACGCUCAACCUUCAUCAAAAUAGUCUAAGUAUCCUGGAAUAUAUCCACCUAAAACAUCUGAAGGAAAGAAUAGGAUUAAAUUAAAUUAAAAUGCAGAAAAUUUAACAAGCUCAAACUCGCUAAAAGUAGGAAUAAAUUAGUUGAGAGAUUAAUAAUUUAUGCAGACUGGAAUUAUGACAGGAUCUCAUCCUCUAAUACUUGAUUAUGAAACACUUACCAAAUAGUAAUAAGAAUAUACAUAGAGUAGAAAAUAGAGCUAGUAAUAAAUGUUUUUUUAAAGGUAAUCGUAAUAAGGAUUAGAUGAUGGAACAUUUCAUCCUUUUGAUAGCUAGUAAGGAACAAGCAAAAGAAUGUUACCAGGUAUUUUACAAAGUAAAUCUAAUCAGUUUCUAGGCUCGAAUUAAUAAGCUGGUAUUUCUGAGGAAAGUCCUAGUAAAAAAGAUGGAUUUUAAAAAUUUUAAUUUAAUAAUAAAAUAGACGACUUUAUGAAAAGUAAUAUGGGUACUACAACUAAUAAUAAAUUUUAAAUUUAAACGCUUUAACAUGGUAGAUAAAUGCCUGUAAAUAGACAAUAGCAUGAGAAAAGCAUCAAAGAAAGAAUGGAUUUAAAAAAAUAAACAUAUCUACAUCAUAGGGAAUUACAGGAUAAAAAAUUAAAAGAAAUUGCUUAGAAGAGAUCUGAUUUAUCUAAAGACCCUGUGCAUAUUGCUGCUAAAUAUUUAUAAGAAUUAAAAAAAGAAGAUUAAACAGUUGAAAAUUUACUUUUUGAUGUUAAUUAUUUUAAAUCUCGAUAUAGAAAUAGACUGCACGAAUACCACUAAUAAAAGUACUAAAAAAAAUGGAAUAAAUAUUAUUUUCCUUCUGAAAGCAAAAGAAGUCCUUCUCCAAAAGACUAAAUCAUUAACGACUAGCUUGAAGAAGAUCUUUUUAACAUAGAUUAAUCUUCUUAUAAACCCUCUAUUAAAAGUUAUCAAAAGCAAAAUAGCAUUCAUUCUCAUAAUGUUCAGUGA